AUGAAUCGUUUGAUAUUUGUACAAGAUACUAUUUUACUUGUACUUUACUCUUUAACAUCAUUAUUAGCACUUAUUGGUAAUGGAAUUGUAUAUCGAGUAUGUUUACAACGUCGUAAUAGUAUAUAUUCUCAAUCAACAUCACACUUACCAUUAACUACAACAAGUAUAUUUUUACUUAAUCUUGCUAUAGCUGAUGCAUUAUCAGGUUUAACAAUACCAAUUCAAUUUAUAUUUUGUUCAAAAUAUUUUUUGGAAAAAUUUCCUUGUAGUUCAUAUCUAUGUCUAUUAACUAAAUCAAUAGAAAUUCUUGGAUAUAAUGCAUCAACAUUAACUAUAUGUGUUAUUGCUUUUGAUCGUUAUCGUCUUGUAAAUAAUCCAUUACAACAAUAUCAUCGAAUUAAAACUCGUCGUGCUCUUUUCUUUAUAUGGAUUUUACCUGGACUAUUUUCAACAAGUUGUUUAGUAUCAAUGAAAGUUAAUACAUAUUUUAAUUCAUAUCAACAAUUAAUUAGUUGUGAAAUAUUAUUUCCAUUAACAACAAAAUAUUUUUCUAAUGAUUAUAUUCAAAAGAUACGUGCUUUUUGUUUAACAUUUUUAUUUUAUAUUAUACCACUUUUUAUCAAUACGAUUUUAUGUAUAUUAACAAUGCGUACAAUAGCACGUCGAACUAUUAUUGGUGUUUCGAAAUUUCGAACAUUUGAACAAUCACGAACACGUUCAAUACGUUUAUUAAUGGUUAUUGUUAUUGUUUUUGCAUUAUCUCAUUUACCUGUACAUUUUAUUAAUGUACGAGAUUUUUUUAUUUCAUCAUCAAAAGUAUCAAAUGUUCGUUCGACACAAGCAAAUAAAUGUAACUAUUCAACAAUGUAUUUAUUAUUUUAUUGGUUAGGUAGCAGUAGUUGUUGUCACAAUCCAAUCAUAUAUAGUUGGUUUAAUAGACAAUAUCGAACUAUAGCUUUGAACUACUAUCGAUCAAUCGUAUAUUGUGGACGACAGCAAUUAUAA